CCGCCUCAGCGCGCGUCCUGCGGCGCGCUCGCCUCACAGCGAGGGCAGGGCGCGGCCAUGGCGGGCGGGGCGCGGCUCCGCGCACGUCACACCGCAGUCCCUGGGCCUUCCGGGCUGCCGUAGGAGCCGCUCCCGAGCCUCUCCCUCAGGGACAGCGGCCCGAGCCUCCCUCCCUCCCGGGAAGCAGCUCGGGGAGCAGCCGCGUCGCCCCCGAGCUUCCCCCGGCAGCGGCCGUGCCGACCCCGCGGGGCGCAGUUUGCCUUUUGCUGCAUCUUAUGUCACGCGUCUUACUUCUCCACUUGUUUUAUUUCACGUAUAAGGCAAUCUGGCCUUAGAGGAUGACAUGUUAUUUACAAAAGCUGAGUCUUGCAUUCGGAGUGUUUCUGGGGAAAUACCCCCGUUUUUUACUCACAUGAGUUUUGAGAAAGUCCCUUUAAACUCAUACCGAAAGUGAAAUUGCGUCAGGAGUGCUUGUGGCAUUUCAUGGCUGAUGGAAGACUGUGUUUUUAUUUGAAAAGAAUGGCGCAAAAGAAGUAUUUGAUAGCAAAACUGACAAGCUGCUUAAGAGAGGACAAAAUUCAGCUGUGGAAGCCACCAUAUACAAAUGAAAAAAAAGAAGCUGGUGAAGAGAUGAAGGAGCUUGUACAAAAAUAUUCAUCCAAGCUGAAUAUCAAUGAGAAUGAUACAGAGAAUAUGCUGGAAGAAAUCCGGUGUAAAGCAAUUGAGCGUGGGACAGGAAAUGAGAAUUUUAAAGUGACUGGGAUUGCAAGACUUGAUAUAUAUCUGCCUCGUAGGAAAAGCCGGAAAAUCCCACUGGAAACCAGUCUGUUCAUCACAGGCAAAGAGCUCAGAUCCCAGAUAGCACAGGAAUAUGCAUUACAAGAAAAUGCUGUCAAAAUAAUCAUAAAUAAGAAGCAGCUUGAUCUGGGUAAAACCCUUGAAGACCAGGGUGUCACACACAAUGCAAAAGUGAUGGUGCUUCAACUGGAACAGAGUGAUGAGGAAACCAAAAGAAAAGUUCAGGAGGAGGAGCUUCAGUGUAAGAAAGAAAAAGAAAUUAAUGACAAGAUGCAAAGAACUAAGAAGGGUUUGGAAAUUCUAGCAGAGAGAGAGGAGUACUUGGAUCCAGACUCUGUCCCAUACCUAGAUAUAGCUAAUCAAACUGGAAGGUCAAUUGAGAUUCCUCCUCAAGCUAAAAAAGCGCUUGUGCUGGCUAUGGGCUGCCAUGAGAAGGGCAGAGCAUUAAUGAAGAAGAAAGAAUAUGAAAUAGCACUGCCAUAUUUGUUGGAUGCUGAUAAACAUUUCUGUGAGUGUAGCACAGAGCUGCUGAACACGGUUGAUAAUUACGCAGUGCUGCAGCUGGAUAUAGUGUGGUGCUACUUCCGUCUGGAGCAGCUGGACUGCCUGGAUGAUGCAGAGAAAAAGCUGUCCACAGCACAGAGAUGCUUCCAGAGGUGCUAUGGGGAGAACCACGAGAGGCUUAUUGACAUCAAAGGAAGCUAUGGUCGUGAGAAGGUUUUAUUCCUACGGCUUUACCUCCUUCAAGGGAUUGGGCACUACCACAGUGGCAGAGAAAAGGAGGCUGCAGAGUACAUUCAGAAGGCAUCUUCGUUGUACGGAGAGCUGUCCAUAGACCCUGACAAGGUGGAUCGCCUGUCUCUGCUGGGAUUCUCAGAGCAGGAAGCUCGCCUUGCCCUGCGAGCGUGCCACGGGAAUGUGGAGCACGCUGCCAAUCUGAUCACCAACAGGAGAGAGGAAAAGGCACAGAUCAGGAGGGAGGAGAGGGCUAAAAGGCGGCAGCGGCUGGAAGACAUCAAUACCCUGAAAAGCAUGGGCUACUCAGAGAGAGCUGCUCAGGUCGCUCUUCAAAAGACACAAGGAAACCUGGACCAAGCCUUUAAGUUUAUUCUUGACAAUCCUGAGUUACUCCUGGAAGAUGAUGAUGAUGAUUCUGUGGCCAUGGACCGGUUUCAGGUUUCCCAAGAAAGUAUUGAGCAACUGACGUACAUGGGUUUCAGCCGAGAGUCGGCAGAGCAAGCUUUAAAGGUCUUCAAAGGGAACAUCCACGUGGCUUCCCAAACCCUUGCCCAUUAUGGGGGAGUUCUUCCCCCGUCGCUGCUGCUGUCCUCAGAGGGGUCCAGUCCAUCAGAGGAAUCCACCUCCUCCAAGGACCUGCUCACAGAGUCUGCAGGUUCCUCUAGUUCACCAACAGAUGAAGACAUGGAUACUGAUGCAGUCAAUGAAAUCCUAGAGGAUAUUCCUGAACAUGAAGAGGAUUAUCUGGAUUUAACACUCGAGGAAGAAGAACAGAUAAUUCAUGAAUACUUAUCCUAUAUACAAGUACCGCAGCACUAAAUCCCAUUAAAUCUACUUCAGUUAUAUGUAUUUACCUUGUCAAAUUGAGUUUGGAUUAUAAAUGCACCUUCAGCUUAUCUCUUACUAAGGGCCUUGAAUUCUGUUAAACUCUAGUUGGAAUACUUAAUUCCUGCUUAUUUGUAACUCUGCUUAAAGCCUACAUUUGUGAUACAUUGUAAUUUAUUGUCAUAGAAAAAUAGAGACAUUUAUUUUCAGAAGAAAAUUUAAUAGAACUAAACUAUAUUUUUAUUGUGAAAUAAGUUAACUCGCUUAGUAAAGAAGCAUUUCUAUACCAUUUUAAAAUACCAGCUUUAAAAGAACAACAUGAGUUUGUAAAUUAGAAACCUUAGCUCAUGAAGCUGUAGAGGUAUAUCAACUUUCCAGCUUUUCUUCUGAAAGAUUUCUAAGAGACAUUAAUGUAUCUGUUGUGCAUGGUUUAUACCGUGUUCUGCUUGUCCCCUCCUGCAGGUGUUACACAGGUAAUAAAGGCAACUGUGCUGCUUCUGC